CUUCACCCACUACAAUGUACUCACAUACCUGUCAAAGAGCCUAGGGUAUCCAGUGGUCAGGAUUAGAUGGGUUAAUCUCUCAAUGAAUACCAGUUUGACCAGUCAAACUUAGACCAGUGACUGACUAAUUCCUUUCAAACGGCCUCUUCUCCAAUCCAUAAUUCAUUCUUUCAUUGUGUGGCACCAAGUUGCAAAGGACAUGAUAUAUCCAGUGUAUGUUAUUGCAAUCCUUCACCAGAAUGUGCUACUGCAGUCCCACCCACAGGUUUAUUUGUUGGGGAGUUCUUGUUCCGCUCUGCUCCCGUAGUACAUUGCCCUGCUGCAGUGUCAGGGGGUCGUAACAGGUCCAGACAAGUUCCAACUUGAAUCGCUGCCCACGGAGCACAUGUUUGUGGAAUGCAUGAAAACCCUGGAAAGUUACUGAAAUGCCUCAUUUUUCAAGCCGAGGGCCAAUCACAAGCAUAUUGGAACCAACUACCUCUCUCUAUGAUGUGCCUUGGAAUUAUUUUGGAAUAAUAGUCCUUGGUGCCUUAAUUUCUCAAUCUUCGUGAUAAUUUCUGCAUCAGAAAAAAGUUUCCAUGUAUUCUGGUUUCUUGUGAUUUCGUUAUGCCUUUGAAAGGACUUCGCAUUUUAAGUUCUUAGGAUGUGUCAGAAAUGUCAUUCUCGUGUGUUUAUGUGCGGGAUACAGAUGUAGUGAAGUUCUACGAAAGUUGGAUUCAUGUUGGAUAUACCCUUAAACUUGCAAAUUGGAUACCAGAAAAAUUAAUGGACAUAUUCAUACAUGUAUAGUGCCCUCUAUUGUUUAAUGAUUUGGUGAUGACUGACUUUGUACUUGAUUUUUUUGUGGAAUAACUUAGACAAAGUACACAUUAGAAUUUCAAACUUCCUAGAUAGAAAUAAAUUGAUGGUUGCCUCGAUCUUCCAAAAUUGGUACCAAUGCAGAACGACAGUGCCCUCUAUCAUUGAUAGUACAAUUUAUGACUCUAACUGAGCAUUGUGGGAUCUCCUGUCAGUCAAAAUUUCUUGCAAAGUUGCGAAGUGAUACAGAAGUCCGAGAUUCAAGACGUCAUGGUCGUUUGGAUGGCGAUGUUAACUGUUGGCCCGAGACGUAAAUAAUCAAAUUAAUCAUAUCUGAUUGAUUCAAAUCUGUAAAAACUCAAUCACACAAAAAUUCCUGGUAAUUGCCAGACCAAAUCAUGAGGGAUUUGCUUGACUUCGAUUUGUUCUUUUCGCUGUGGGACGAUGAUUUGGUACGGAAACCAAAGACCUACCAGAACAUCUAUGAGGAGGGGAUUCUUUGGAGAUACCAGAUCAUUUCUGUGGUCGGAUGCGGUGCUCAUGGAAAGGUUGCGAAAGCAUUCGACCACCAAGAGCAGGAAUAUGUUGCAAUAAAGAUCAUCAAGAACAAGAAGCCGUUCCUCAACCAGGCACAGAUCGAGGUCCGACUUCUAGAGCUCAUGAAUAAACAUGACGCUGACAGCAAGUAUUAUAUAGUUAAACUGAAGCGACACUUCAUGUUCCGAAACCAUCUCUGUCUCGUCUUCGAGCUUCUCUCCUACAACCUCUACGACCUCCUCCGGAACACCAACUUCCGGGGCGUGUCUCUCAACCUGACCCGCAAGUUCGCCCAGCAGAUGUGCACCGCCCUCCUGUUUCUGGCCACGCCCGAACUCAACAUCAUCCACUGCGACCUGAAGCCCGAGAAUAUCCUCCUGUGCAAUCCCAAGCGAAGCGCGAUCAAGAUCAUCGACUUUGGUAGCUCCUGUCAGCUCGGACAGAGGAUAUACCAAUAUAUCCAGAGUCGGUUCUACAGGUCGCCAGAGGUGUUAUUAGGUAUAUCAUACGACAUGGCUAUUGAUAUGUGGAGUCUGGGCUGUAUACUGGUGGAAAUGCACACGGGUGAACCACUCUUCAGUGGAUCAAAUGAGGUUGACCAGAUGAACAAGAUUAUUGAAGUGUUGGGGAUGCCACCAACGCAUAUCAUCGAACAGGCUCCGAAAGCUCACAAAUACUUCAUCAAGACAGAAAAGAACUGGGUACUCAAAAGAAGUCGGGAUGGAAAGAAGUACAAGAGUCCAGGAACGCGGAAGCUCCAUGAUAUCUUAGGGGUAGAGCUCGGAGGCCCCGGCGGUAGGAGAGCAGGUGAACCGGGUCAUACCGUCUCAGAUUAUCUUAAAUUCAAGGACCUCAUUCUAAGGAUGUUGGAGUAUGAUCCUGCCGUCAGGAUAAAACCCUACUAUGCUCUCCAGCACUCCUUCUUCAAGAGAACGGCCGACGGCAGCACCAAUACGUCCAAUAGCACGUCGGCAAGUCCAGCCAUGGACCAGGCCGGUAGUCCGCCUGCUGAGCACUCGUCUGGGUCAAGCUCAGGAGGGGCUACAGGGGGCUCCAACCACGGCUCUGGGUCCGGUGGAAGGGCGCAAUCUGACCCCACCCAUCAGAAUAGCACCACAAACCACGCCCUCGGACACCAGCACGCUGGCAACUCAUCAGGAACUAUGGACUAUGAAUCUAUGUCAUCGCACUCCAGCUUGACUUCGGGGAUGUCAAGCGGGGACGUAGUGUUUGCGUCAUCGUCGAGCAGUGCUCGUGGACACUCUAGCUCGCAUACGUAUCCCCAUCCCCACUCGCACAGUCGCAAGCACCACCAUCAUCACUCGUCGCAUGGACAUAGCCUCCCGUCGCCAGCUGCUCCGGCCAGCAACGUGAAUUUAUCUCAGACUGUGAUACAAGCUCCCAUAGUGACAAUGGGUAUCCCGACGAUACCAGUGACAAUGGGGAUGCCGCAUGUGCAUCAGGCUGGUAUCGUCACGACGCCGGGUUACGUGUAUUCCUCGCACAGUUCGCUGGAGAAUACUCAGAGCAGCUCGUUAAGUAGUGGUUCGUUAAACAUGCCUAUGGGCGCUUAUGCAAUACCGACUCACCACCACCCGUCGUCGUCGACGCAACAGACGCUUAUAAACAAUCCCCAUUUACACGGGACGACGACGGGAACGGGGGGUAUCGCGUUGACGAGUAAUGUGAGCGGGACGAGCAGCGUCCCGUAUGCGUUCGCGUUGCCGGUGCAGUCGGCCGUGAGUACGGGGCUUGUGAACUCUCAAACGACGAGGCAAGCGGAUGAUUCGCCGAUGGUGGGGGUGUGUGUUCAACAGAGCCCGGUAGCGUCGCAUUGACACCUGCUGAGGACUCGAUCUCAUUCACCAACCUUUUUAGGACCCUUUGGUAGUUAGUCGGCUUACACUUCUGAGAAUCCCCCCUUGUACCGGUAUCGCGAAUAGAUGUCGCCCUCAGGCUUGUUGUGGUGGUGGUUAUAUAUCUCGUCAAGCUUGCUAUUGCUUUUGGAAAUGUAGUCAACGAAGUCAUAGCUCCGUGUCUGUAGAAACAUAGCAACAGGAAACGUCCAAAGACUUGAAAGACAUAGCGAAGAAUCUCAAUAGGAUCACGUCUUGGCUGUACAUGGCUCAGGUAGCAAUAUGAUACAAUUAGGCAUCAUCACCGUGAAUUUCGCAUCGUCGUCGUGAUCGCUACAAACUCUGGUUACAACGUACCCCAUCGAUGAGAGGAACCCAUCUCAGGAGCCGUCUCCUACCUUUUCCCCCCUCUUCAUAAACGUCAUAAAACCUCUUCCUUGUGGAUGUUUCCUAGAAGCAGAUCUGCAGGCUGUUGCAGUUCUCACUACAUCAUUAACUAUGGAGCACCAUUGAAUUCCCAAGAACUCUACCACUCUAAUCAUCCAUAGAAUGUUAUGCCUCGCAAAAGGUACAUUUAUAAAUCGGUGUCCCAUGUGUUUAAUCUCUUGAGGUGUCGGAAUUCUUUGAGUUGGCAACACCAGGCUGCACAAGAUCAGAUCCUCAAGAGAUUACAACACUACCCGAUCUCAUACAUUACCAUUACCCUAAACAGUUAGGAGCAGGAUGGCGGUUGAAAAACCCCAGUGUUUUAAUACAUUUGAAAUCUUUUUAUAAAUAUGUUAAAUUGAUGUAAAAUGUGUUUUUGUAAGAAAAUAUUUUUAAUUGUGCCAACCCUGAACGGUCGUGUCUGUUACCAGACCUUGGGGAGUGUUUCACAGAUCAAUUCAUCGGUCAUUUUCAUGGACAAGCUUUUAUAAGCUACUCGAAUCCUUGUAUCUGAUUGGUCAAAAAUAGAUUUGUCAGUGAAAAUGACCGACAAGACAAUCUGUAACUUUUCCAUGGGAGUGUUUCACAAAUCGGUUCAUCAUCAAUUUCUUCAGACAAACUGUUAAAAGCUACUCAAAUUCUUUCAUCCGAUAGGCAGAGAUCAAGUUUGUCAUUCGAAAUCACUGACAAGACAUACUGUAAACCCCUCUCUUGGGGGAAGGUUUCACAAAUUCAAUUCAUCAUCAAUUUUUACAGACGAACUGUGAGAAGCUUCUCGAAUCCUUGCAUGUAAUUGGCUAAUGGCAAAUUCAUUCAUAAAUUGUCAGUGACAAGACAUUCUGUGAAACUCUCCCCUCAUUAAACCCUUGCCAGGCUUAUGCAUGAACAUUCCCCCUGUAUCACGGAUGUAUUACACAACUUGUAUGAACACCCCACGUACCCUGCUACUAAAUUAUAUAGCACCAUCAAACAUAUACCUCACACGGAACAAGGUCAGAGAAUAUUUUGUUAAUUGUUCUUGGAGGUUUGAGUUCAGAUUAAUUGGAGUUGCAACUAUUUCUCGUAUCGAAAAUGUAUAUUGCAUCAUCAAGGAUUCACUUUUACCUCAUAUGUAGAAGAAAACUUGUGUAAAACAUCGUUUGGCUGAAUCGGUAGUUUUGCAAAAACAAAAAAAAAUGGAUUGACAAAACGGACUAUUUUCUGUAUAUUUUUAAAACAUCUUACCUCGAUUUUAACAAAUAUAAAGUCUUUGAGACUGUUUCUGUUACUACUCAUGAGUAAAUGAGUUUUUAUUGAGAAACCACUUAACGUCGUCUGCGUCUCAGAUGUAUGGAAAUUUCAAGAAAUUAAAUGUAUUCAGCAAAAUAAUGACACGAUCACGGCCUUCCAUCAAACGUUAUAGAGUUCAAGAUUUUAUAAUGAAAGAUAUUUCAUAAAUAUUAACCAUGCUUUCAAAAUAAAGGUAAACAAGAAUAAGUGUAACGAGGGGAGGUUUUCAUGAAAGGAUCUGUCUGAUGUUUUGUCUGACAGUUACUAUAGUAACAGUCUAUCUCUCACACUUCUCAGUCAAUCAAAAUCAAGGAAGGUUGUCACAUCUUACUUGUUGGACAAAUGAAAUACUCUCUCCAGAGGAGCUUUUCAUGAGACAGAUAAGUCAGUGAAAACUGUUAUAAGCUACCGAAAUCCUUGCAUCUUAUUGGCUCAGAGCAAAUUCAUCAGUGAAAAUCACAGAAAAGAUUAUUCAUGAAACACUCCCCUGGUAAUUAUACCUUGUUUUACCUUGGAAGUUUAAAAGAUACUUCAAA